AUGGUGGACGUGCAAAGGAGGAAAAAAAUGCUUGCCAAGGCUGCUGCCGGAGCGUCUAUUCCGGCAAUCAAGGGUUCUGUUCCGUUGGACUCAUUUGAUAUCAAGGUGAUUCAGUACAAGAACGCUCUUUAUAAGCUGAAUGAGCUGAGCCGGCUGUUGAACGUGCUGGUGCCGCACUUGAAGAGGAAGGGGGACAGCGACUCGUACACGAUCAUCCCCCUUGUCAAUUUCAUCUUAUCGCUUUGUGAGGGCCCUAUAUUUAGCGUGAACCCCGUAUUGGCCAAAAGAUAUCACUUACUUUGCCGGUUCCAAUCGGUGAAGCUGACUGAAGUGCAGCAGAAGUUAUCGACAACUUUCGUCGACAUCGAUGGUUGGAUGUUUCCCGAGGAGAUGCCUCUAGAGCACUAUAAAUCGUGCAUUUAUAAUAACCCGUUGCAGUGGAAGGUUUUGAAUUCUCUUUCCUGCAUUGCGCAAAAUGCCAUCAAGAUAUACGAUGCAAAACUGAGUCAAAUUCUGCUAGAGAGAGACGCUUACAAGGCGCGUUCGCUGCCAUUAGACACUUCGGCCAUUGAGGAUUUGUUAAACCCGUUGGAAAUGUCACUGAUACUGGAUCUUGCCGUCUUGAUCAACGACCCGAUAAAAGACAAGUCAACCUACUCCUUUUACAAGUUGCAGUGGCAGGUCAUGGACAAGUUCAAUUCAUGUAUUCAUUCUAAAAUUUUUCCCGUUCUGAGAACAUAUUAUAACCAAUUGCAGAAAUUCUCGGAGACAAGGCCGGUUUCCCUAUUAAACUUACAAAACAAUCUGCCACAUUGGGAGUGGACCUUACACAGGAUGUACACCUUCCACUUGCGUGUUUUGUCUGUGCUAUGUGUCAUCAUCAGUCUUUCCAGACAAAUUUUCCUGCCGAACAAGCAGCAUUUUCUGGAUGUCAAGACAAGAUUGUCCAGUCAAAACGCGUACCUAUAUGAUUUGGUGAUCAAUGAGCUGAUGGCGUUAUUGUCCCCGCAAAGUGACGAGCUUUCGACUUUGGGGGAACUGCAAGAAGAUCUAAAGAUUUGGACUCAAACGACUCGUGCGGAUAAUAAUUUAUUGAGAACGCCUAUUUUCCAUCUCCAACCCGGUUUAAUCAUCGAAUUGUUUAAUAAUCACAUCAGCAAAAUUAUACCGAAAUUGAGAUCUAUCAUGACACUGCUAUCCAAUUGGAUGGAUUGCUGGAAAUACAUUGAGAAAAACUUCAAAGCUUUUGACAACGCAGAUGUCGAUUUACAAGAUUUAUUGAACGAAAAGCUGGCGAAAGAUAAAACGGCAUACAUAGAACUUAGGAACACGAAAAGCAAGCUAAAGAAAAAGCCAUCAAUUUCAAAAUUGUCAGCUUCCUCUUCUCCAUCUCCUUCCCCCAUGUCUUCGGCAAGCCCAUCAAGACAACCCUCUUUAGAGGCCGUGAGAACAAAAGCAAGGGCGCAUGUUACCUCAGCUUCAUCAAGAUCUCCCUCACUGUCGCCCACAAGAACAAAUAGUAACAGCAAGACUGCAGAAAUGAAGAAAAGCGUGGUGUCCCCGGAGAGAAGGAAGAUAAUUAACGGGAGAAGGCCAAGAUCUUCAUCUUUACAAUCGUAUACAAACAAACAACAAACAACAUAUUUGAGUUCUACUAGGCAUCCGCCAAUAAUGCCACAUUCAAAACUCAAUAACCAGAGGUCUAAUUCCUUACAAGCUUCCACUAUGACCCUAAACCAAAAGAUAGUGCAAGACACAGUGCGACACUUGAUGAACAAAACUUCCUCUACGCCUUCCUCGUCCGUAUCCUCCUCGUCGGCGCCCUCACCAAAGGUAUCGAGUAUAAGUAACUCUCCCUCAGUGAAAUCAUCGAGCGCUCUGACAGCGAAUGGCGGUGAAACCUUGGCUAUAGAAACAUUGUACCUGGAUUCGGAAUCAAACGCCGGCGAAAUAUCGACCAGAAGAGUAAGAUUCACCGGUGUGCCACCAAUGACGSACACAGAAAACCCCAAGCCAACGAAGAUGGGGUGGUACAAGAAGCCGGCGGUGUUACACUAUCCACCAAUACCUGCCUCAGCAAUGAUCAAGCCAUUACAACAUAAGUCCAAGUAUAGCACGUUAAGACAAGAAGAAGGGUUCACCUUCAGAAAAAGUCUUCGAGAUGGAUUAGAGUUGGAAAACGGUGAAACUAAUGCAGAGACUAAUAUGAUGCCAUUUGGGAUCGACAUCAAAGAAUCUGCAGGGCAUCGAAUAGCCACUAAGAUCAGAAACAAAUUGAGGUAG